ACCCUCCCCGACUCGUGAGUUUGUUGUUGUUGUUGUUGUCGUGCGGCUCGUUUAGUUUUGAGUGUGUUGCCACUGGACUCUUUACCUCGUUGUGAUGGGGCUGUUGAGGACGAUGACGGUGUUACGGGUCCAUCCGGCCAAUGCGACGCAUCACGACACUUCAGCCGGAUCGUGGAACAAACGCAUGAGACACCUCAGCAGUCCAGUUCUCUACUUGACGGCCCUUUUAGCGAAAGCGAGGAGGAAGGAGAAGGCGGAUGUGGCCGGCGUGACUGGCGGGUCGAGCGCCGGCCUGGGCGGAGGCGGUCUGGGACUGGCCGGCACGGUCUCACUGCCCGUCGGCAACGGCCCUUCAACGUUAGGCGGAGGCUUGGUGGGUCACACCGGCGCUCACGGCCAGUACGGCGAUGCCGAGCACAAGCUUUACCUCGAGUCGACCGUACUGGAACGUAAAGUGCCCGAAGCGGAUCUCCGCCAGCUGAUCGAUCUCCCGCCUGGACUCGAUCUCAACGAAUGGCUCGCCUCACAUACGAUAGCGUUCUUUGAGCACGUCAACCUCCUCUACGGCGCCGUCUCCGAGUACUGUACGCCUACCAGCUGUCCCGACAUGUUGGGACCCGGUCAAAGACAGUAUACGUGGAUUGACGAACGAGGCAAGAAGAUCCGGCUGUCGGCACCACAGUACAUCGACUACGUCAUGACUUACGCCCAGCGGACCGUCAACGACGAAGGCAUCUUCCCUACCAAAUUCGCCCACGAAUUUCCGGCGACGUACGAAACGGUUUUGAGGAAGAUACAGCGUUUGCUGUUUCAUGUGGUGGCCCACCUCUACCACCGGCACUUUCGCGAGCUACUCCUCCUCGGUCUGCACAGUCACCUUCAUGGUCUCUUUGCCCAUCUGAUAUUAUUCAACAGCCGGUUCCGCCUUAUCGACGACAAGGAGACGGAAAUCCUUAAUGACUUGGUCAUCGCCUUACGACUUCAACCCACCGACGAUGAUGUAAAAGGCGUCACGCCUACACCGCCGGUGGCAAGCCGAUCCAGUCAGCCAAGUCCACAACCGGACUCGGCCAGUGCGUCCGGGUCCGACCCGACGACAGCCACGGAUGGUCAUCUGGACGAGUGCGGACAUCACAUCGUUCGUAGCGGAUCGGGUCACGAUCCGCCACUUCACCUAGGCACGUCGGAUGUAGUGCCCACUGUAGAAUCCCGUUAAAAAAAAAAAAAAAAAAAAAUUUCAAAGACAAAUUUUUUUUUUUUUUUGUUUUGGUUUUUCGAGGUGCAGUAAAGAGAAGAACGAAAGAAGCAGCGAAAAAAAAAAAAAAAAAAAGAGAAAAGCAUAAGAGAAAGAAAAAGAAAAAAAACAAAACAAAACAAUUUUGUGCGUGUGAUCCUGAAAUAUGUUGAAGAGGAUCUUUAGUCAUUCGUUGCAUCCCUACGAAGAAAACAAAAAAAGAAAAAAAAAUAUUCUCUUCUACCUUCUUCUAUCCCUCUCUCGUCUUAUUUACUUCAAUCCUUGACUUGGAGUGUGCGAUUUAUAUAUCCGCCGCCAUCUUUUUUUUUUUUUUUUUACUUCCGUUUUUUUUUCCCAGCGGAAGAAAAGAAAAAAAUCAAAAAAAAAAAAAAAAAAAAAAGGAGAAAAAAAAAGAGAACCGCACGUUUUAGAUUUCGGUUUUUUUUUUUUUUUUGUAUUAUUAUUAUUUUCAAACUUAAUUUUUUUUUCUCUCCUUUUUAAAAUACUUGAGAAAUGCACACACGCAUAUGAGAGAUAUAAAAAAAAAAACGCAAUUGAAAAUCCUGAAUCGAUUACGUAAUCGAUAAGCGAGUGCAAAAAAAAAAAAUCCUUAGCAAAAAUGUGAAGAAAAAAAAAGAAUUAAUUUUCAUUUAUCAAAGAUGGGAAGGGGAGGGGGGAAUUAAAAAGGAAGUGUGUUUACGUUCUCUCUCAGGGUUUUUUCUGUAUUAUUAUUUUUUUUUUAUUAUUAUUCAGCAAAUGAUCAUUCCGAAUUUUGGAAGGAUCUUUGAAAGUAGAUUGAAUUUAACAAAUAACCAUCAACAAUUUAAAAAAAAAAAAAAAAAAAAAAAAGAAAGAAACAAAAAUUUAUUUCUUUUUUUUUUUUUUUCAAAAUUUCUUUUGUUUCGUUUUUUUCCCAUCGCCAUGUGAUAUAAAGAGAAAAAAAAAAUUUUCUUUUCAGUUUCAAACAGAAAAAAAAAAAGAAGAAAACGAAAUUGAUUAAAGGUGUACAUCAAUGCAUCCCGCGUGACACGCAAACCUCUUACGUUGUUUGUCAAUCAUUUUUUGUUUGACCUUUUCAUUGGCAACAAAUGAUGAAAAAAAAUUCCUCUCCCCCGAAAACAAAACACAAAAAAAAAAGAAAAGGUUGUCAAUUUAUUAUUAUUAUUUUUUUUUUUUUCCCCUUCUUUUCUCUUCGGUAUAUAUUGUCGAUAGUGGCGUUUUUCAUUUACCGUCCAUCAAGUCGAGACCUUUGGUUGUAGUCCCUUCUUAUGAUGAAAUCAAUCCUCCUCUUCCUCGCAUCGAUUUUUUCUUCAUUUCUUCGUGUGUAUACCUGUGCGUUUAAGGAUAAUUAAUUAAGCCUCGUGUCUCUUCACCCUUAUGUACAAUGUAGUUGAAAAGAAAAGGAAAAAAAAAAAAAAAAAAAAGCUGAAAAAUUCUAAGGUGAUCAUUGAUUAUUCCCACCAUUUUUUUUUUUAACGACUCCCUCCUCAUCCGCAUUCUUUGUGUAUGUUUUUCGCCCCCCCCCCACCUUUUUCAUUUUUUUUUUUUGUUCCUCCCCUUGUUUUGAAAUACUUCAUUUUUUUUUAAACUAUGAUUUCUUUUUUUUUUAAAUUUGAAUGUGAUCCGAAAAUUUGACUUAAAAAAGAAUUUUUUUUUUCCCGCGAUAGUUUGUACAAAGUAAAAAAAAAAAAAAAAAGAAAAAAAAAAAUCAGCAAAACUUUGUAUUGUAUUAUGAGCGAGCGUUCGUGACUGUGCUCGUUUACCAUUUCUCCUUGAUUAAAAUCGCUACACACUGCA